UUUACAAAUGGGCUGCAGCCAGCUGUUGCUGCUGGAAAUGUGCGCGCGGUUGAAAGGAGCGUUCCUGAAUCAUUAUCAUCUCGCAUCAGGUGGACUUUUCUAGCCACGGCACCGCGUAUUCACUUCAACGACAACGAAUAGUUCUUGAAUUAUUUAAAGACAUUCCAAAAAAUUGUAAAAUAUACACUGCUGUCAUAUUUAUCCGUCAAUACCGGCUCAAACACAGAGUAACCUACAGUUAAGAACAGGGCAGAACGUGACACCGGAGAGAUAUCAAAGAAAAGUGUUAAGCCAUCUGUCAGACACGCAGACCGUAAACACAAUGGGAAGGAAAAAAAUACAAAUCUCUCGUAUCCUAGACCAGCGGAAUCGACAGGUGACAUUCACCAAGCGUAAGUUUGGCCUGAUGAAGAAAGCGUAUGAGCUGAGUGUUCUGUGUGACUGUGAGAUCGCCCUCAUCAUCUUCAACAGCACCAACCGUCUGUUCCAGUACGCCAGCACUGACAUGGACAAGGUCCUGCUCAAGUACACAGAGUACAGCGAGCCUCACGAGAGCAGGACCAACACAGACAUACUGGAGACUCUGCGGAGGAAGGGCCUGGGCCUGGACGGGACAGAGCUGCUGGACACGGAGGAACCCAUGCAGGUGGCAGCAGAGAAGUAUGGCCCACACAGCGAGGGCAUGGACCUCUCCCUGGCCCGCCAGCGCUACUACGCCACCUCCUUGAACUCACCAGAGGCCCAGUUCCUGGUGUCUACUGGCUGUGAGAAUGGAUACCCCAACUCCUCCAACCCCAGCCCGAGCUCCCACAGACCCCUGGCCUUCAAGCCCCUGGGCCCCAGACCAGGCUCAGCCAGCCCUGCAGGGCCCCACUGCCAUGCUGCCUUCAUGUCCCCACACUCAGGUAUUGGCAACUCUAUGUUCUCCCAUGGCAACCUGAGCCGGGCCUUGGAGAUGAAGACUCCUCCCCCUUUGAAUCUGGGCAGUGAGAACCGGCGGACAGAGAGCCACCCUGGCAUGGGUGGCACACGCGCCAACUUUAGCAGUUCUAGGGGCCUACUGUACCCGGGCAUGCACCCAGGGAACCACAUGCUGGCAAUGGGGAAGACAGGUCUGCUGAGCCAUGGUCUGGGGGGCUACAGCCUCUCCUCUGCUGGACCAUCUGACUACAGUCACCCAGGUUUCUCCCAUGCUGUGAGUCUACAGCGUGGGUCAGUGAACCCAUGGCAGACAGCACAACCACAGGAGCAGCAUGUGCCUCACCUCAGCCCAGCGAUGUCCAGUGGAGGGUGCUCUUUUCCUUCUCAGUCCUCAACCCCCACCCCUCCUCCUCACCCCUCCCUCAACCUCAGCAUCAAAUCGGAGCGCUCCUCCCCGGAGCACAUCUGCUCCCCAACCUCUCUGCCCGUGCGCAACUUGAGGCAGCACUCUCCAAUGAGCACCUCCAAUUCCGCUCACCACACCCCACAAGAGCCCUACCCAGCCAAUGAGAGAGAGGAUUUCCCCAAAGGAGGUGUUCCUUACCCGGCUCAGCACGGGGCAGAGGAGAAAGGAGGGCUGCCCCUGAGGCAAUUAGAAAUCAGCGAUGGGUGGCAGAGAUAGCUGGCAGCGACUACCACACACAAAAAUCCUGCCACAUGGUUUCCAACACACAGAGAGAUGAGAAUGGGGAGAUGGGGUUCACUCGUUCACAUCAUCCCAGAGGAAAGAAAGACCCCCCUUAGAGCUGGGCUGGACUCUCCAUUGUGGGCAAUGAACAUGUGGCACUGCCUCUCUGAUCUUGAUACAGUGGGGAGAUACAGUGGGUGUGUUGUUGUGUUUGGUUGGUUUGUCUGUGUAUUGGUUCAGAGGGGUGUCAAACCACACAUCAAUGUGGUUCUCUCCUCCUGCUUGUGCUACAUCACAGAGCAGGGGUGAGAGCAUCAGUCAUUUAGCCAUAUAACUUAGAGCACAGUGUUUCAGAUUAAUACUUCACAUUCAGGUCCCCAGUUAAUGUACAUAUAUAACUUUAAUGCUUAGUUUAUCCUUGAGCUCAAAAUCAAUGAAGUGGUCAGCUCACAGGAGACCAAUUAGGGAGCAGCAAGGUUCUAUUCAUCUAUCAUGGUCUCAAUGGGCAUGGCCUCGUGAUAGUGAGUGGGAAGUUGGUCUGGAUAGGAAUUGAUCACAGAAAAACAAAAAUGUAAUCUGCACUUAUGGAUUUUUGUAUUGAAAAUCUGUGCAUUUUUAAGUCUCUCUCAGGGAUUUAGAUCAUUGGUUCCAUUAUAUAGGUUUAGUGUUGCUUUUUAUGACUAAAAUAAUACUGAGCAAAGCUGUUUGUUUUUACACUAUAUCCUGCAUAGUUUAAUUAUUUCUUUGUAGACACUGGCCUUAAUCAUGUAAAAUUAUGACAUCAAUUUAAGACCAAAGGAUAUGUAAUGUGUUUAUUUUCUUAAAUAUGAAUAUUCAAUAUAAACCAAAGUUUAGCAUCUAAUGUAUUUCAAAAAAUAUCUAAAGGCAUGUAAGAAUCAUCCAUCAGUAGUAAUCAUUAUACAUCUUCAAUCUAUUUCCCCUUGUGAACAAUUAAGGUCCAUAUUCAGUAUAACCAUUUUUUAAAGUUGAGCUUAAUAAAUAAAUGAAAAAGCUCAGGGCUGGACUACCGCAUUUGGGGUCACUGGGGAACCGACCUCCAGGUCCCCUGCUUUCCAACAUAUCUUCAAUUGAAAAAAUGUGCUGUUUUAUAUCAAAUCAAAUGUUAUUUGUCACAUGUGCUGAAUACAACAGGUGUAGUAGACCUUACAGUGAAAUAGUGCAAAUAGUCUGGGGGCAGUGCAAAUAGUCUGGGUAGCCAAUUGAUUAGCUGUUCAGGAGUCUUAUGGCUUGGGGGUAGAAGCUAUUUUGGAGCCACUUGGACCUAGACUUGGCACUCCGGUACCGCUUGCCGUGCGGUAGCAGAGAGAACAGUCUAUGACUAGGGUGGCUGGAGUCUUUGACCAUUUUUUGGGCCUUCCUCUACACCACCUGGUAUAGACGUCCUGGAUGGCAGGAAGCUUGGUCCCAGUGAUGUACUGGGCCGUACGCACUACCCUGUUUUGUGCCUUGCGGUUGGAGGCCAAGCAAAAACCUUUUGAGGAUCUGAGGACCCAUACCAAAUCUUAUAUUACAAUUCUACAUUUUGUCACGAGGCUAAGAGAAAAUGUUACAUUUUUAAAGCACAUUUUCUGCAAUUGUACACUUUUUGAUAUGGGUCAUAGAGAAAAAUGUACCGUUUUGUAGCUCAUCUCAUGCUAUUGUUCACAUUUUGCCAAGAUGUUGAGAGAAAUUUUUGCAGUUGUAAAGCAAAUUUCCUGCAAUUCUACACAUUUUGGUAUCAUAUGAUAUCUGGGGGGAGCCCGACCUCCAGGUGGCCCCCAAACCCUGCGUGCCCGUUUGGUAAUCCAGCCCUGCAAAAGCUAUUUGUUCAUGUGUGGAAAGGGAACCAUUUGAUUAAUUGUCAGUGGGACAAUGGGAAUAAGGUAUGUUGAGAAUCAGAUACCUAUCAAAGAAGCUGCGUAAGUUAACUUUUGUCUAUGAAAAAAACAAGACACUUUUUAUUGCUUGUGUGAGUUUGUGUUUUUGAUUAUUCUUUUUUUAAUGAUGUUUGUGUAUUAUGCACUGGAUUUUUGAUGUGUUAUUGUUUCAUUUAUCCAUUUUGCGUUUAAAAGUUUAAAAAAGUAUCAUGUAAAAUGAUCUUGUAUCCAUUUUGUUUCUCAUUGUGGGUUUGUGUGUACAUUGAAGUUAACGAUUUUGUCCACAAGAGGGCAACAUAUUUCACACUAUCACUCUGGAGGCAAGACAGAAUGCAGGACAGAAUCAGCCAUUAUUAGUGGUUGUUAAUUAUCUGACAAAAAUGACAGGUUCAAGCAGUAGACUGUGACGGUAUUAAGAUAAAACUACAUCAUUCGUGUAUUGAAGACAUACACAUAGCCGGUAUAUGAGCACUUCAAGUUCUGGUUGACAACAUGAAAUGAAUUUGUAUAUAUGUGUCCAUAUUGACACAAAUUACACUGAACAAAAAUAUAAACACAACAUGUAAAGUGUUGGUCCCAUGUUUCGUGAGCUGAAAUAAAAGAUCCCAGAAAUGUCUCAUA